CUGCGUUUUCUUCAUCUCCCGUGGAAGUUUCGGACCAUUCGAUUCUCAGCCUCUCGAACUGUGAGGCCUAAGCCUAAAAUAACCCAUUGACAACUGGGCUCUAAUUUUUCCUUUCUUUGCAUUUUAUACCCAUCAAUCAGUCUAUGAGGCCCUGGAGCCCAUUGUCUUGUAAUCAAAUGAUGUGGCCUGUUGUGUGGACGCUCAAAUGUAAUCCUCCUCAACCGUCAAAACAAACUCCACACCAGGCGCUUGCCAGUUGCCACCAUCAACACAAAACCCAGGAACUCUGGGGAUGGCUUUGGCUUUUCCACCAACCCAUUUCAGCCCACAAGUUUCCUUCUCUUCCUCGUCUCCCAACUCUCGCCCUGCUGUCAUUCUUCCAGGUUUAGGGAACAAUUCAGGUGACUACAAGAAGCUGCAGGAGACCUUGAAGGAUUAUGGAGUAUCUACUGUGGUUGCCAAGGUGUCAAGGUAUGAUUGGCUUAGGAAUGCUGCUGGUUUGGUGGACCCUAAUUACUGGAAGGGCACACUUGAGCCCCGGCCGGUUCUUGAUUGGUAUUUGAAGAAAAUCCAUGAUGCUGUUGAAGAAGCAAAAGAGCAAGCACAAGGUGGGAGUUUGGCCUUGAUCGGACACUCAGCAGGAGGAUGGCUUGCUCGUGUUUACUUGGAAGGAUUUGGGCUGUCGAAUAUCUCCUUGUUACUGACACUUGGUACUCCUCACUUGCCACCUCCGAAAGGUCUGCCUGGGGUUAUUGAUCAAACUAGGGGUCUUCUUUAUUACGUUGAAGAAAAUUGCCCUAAGCCUGUCAACAGUCCUCAGCUGAAAUAUGUAUGUAUUGCAGGCAGGUAUAUUCAAGGGGCUCGCUUCCUUGGCAAUGUGAAUGUGGAUGUUAGUUCUGUGCUUCCAACGGAAAAUGAACAAGCGACUGGCGAGGUUGCUGUUGUGAAUAGCCCUAUUGAUUCAACCCCUAGUGGAGCCACCCUGCGUGCUCGUUUUAUCGGACAAGGGUAUAAGCAGGUUUGCGGACAGGCAGACGUAUGGGGUGAUGGAGUUGUACCGGAAGUAUCGGCUCAUCUGGAGGGUGCAGUCAAUAUUAGCUUGGAUGGAGUCUAUCACUCACCAGUUGGUUCGGACGAUGAAUUGAGACCAUGGUACGGUUCUCCUGCUGUUGUAGAGCAAUGGAUAAACCAUCUCCUUAUUUAACUAAGAAUUCUGUAGAUGAAAACCAACUGUUCAUUGAAUGUUUUCCUUAUUUCCUUACCGCCCAUUGAAUGUUUACAUACCAAAUUCUUUAGAUGUCUGAUCGUCUAUUAAAAUCUUCAAUUUGCUUA